AUGGAGGUGGUUUCAGCAGAAGUGAACAGUUUGCUCCCUGAGGAAAUCAUGGACACAGGCAUAACUCUGGUGGAAGAUGACAGCAUCGAGGCAGUUAUCGUGUCCUCACCCAUAGGAGAUUCUAUUCCCAUGGAAACAGAACUGGAAGAAAUAGUGAGCAUAAACUCCACCAGCGACUCCUCAGCUGCAACCACAGCCACAGUCACCACGGAAUCGGUCACUGCCCCCACGGGUCAGUCGGGUGACGCCACGGCCAACACCACGACCCCAAAGCCUGAUGCGAAUGCAGCUGUAAAACCUGCCUUUCCCCCUGGCCUGCAUAAACUCGGUGCUCAGGCCCCUGUCACUAUAUCAGCCAGUCAGAUCAUUCUGAACAAGACCACCGAUAUCAAAAUUGGCAAUCAGAGCAUCAAACCGGAUGGGCAGAAGCUCAUUGUAACGACUUUGGGCAAGUCUGGCCAACCUAUUGUCUUAGCAUUACCCCACAGCCAACUCCCUCAGUCGCAGAAGACAGUGUCCCAGGCCCAAGGUGGAGACUCCAAGGUCCAAGGCCAACAGAUCAAAGUUGUUAUUGGAGGUCGCUCGGAAGUGAAACCUGUUGUUGGUGUCUCGGCGUUGACGCAGGGAAGUCAGCUGAUAAAUACUGCUGCCCAACCUUCUGUUCUGCAGUCCCAGCAAGUAAAAACAGUACAGAUUGCGAAGAAGACACGAACCCCAACUUCUGGCCCGGUGAUCACCAAGCUGAUAUUUGCAAAACCAAUCAAUAGCAAAGCUGUUACAGGGCAGACCACUCAAGUGUCACCAGUCAUUGCAGGUAGGGUUUUUUCACAGUCUGCUCCAGGGACACCACCAAAGACAAUAACGAUCUCUGAGAGUGGAGUCAUUGGAUCAUCUUUGAGUACAUCAACACAGCAGACACCGAAUAAAAUAGCUAUCUCACCACUCAAAUCCCCUAAUAAGGCUGUGAAAUCAGCAGUGCAGACCAUUACUGUAGGAGGAGUGGGUACAUCUCAGUUUAAGACAAUUAUUCCCUUGGCAACUGCACCCAAUGUUCAGCAGAUUCAGGUACCUGGAAGCAAGUUCCAUUAUGUCAGACUCGUUACUGCCACAACAGCCAGUAGUUCAACCCAGUCGGCCAGUCAGAACCCCAGUACGAAUACUCAGCCUCUUCAGCAGGCGAAGCCAGUGGUGGUGAAUGCGACCCCAGUGCGUAUGUCUGUUCCCAUAGUGCCAGCACAGACUGUGAAACAGGUGGUGCCCAAACCAAUCAACUCAACUUCACAGAUAGUUACUACUAGUCAGCCCCAACAAAGACUUAUUAUGCCAGCCACUCCCCUGCCACAGAUACAGCCCAACCUCACCAACCUCCCACCAGGCACUGUACUGGCACCAGCACCUGGCACAGGAAACGUCGGGUAUGCAGUCCUUCCAGCUCAGUAUGUCACACAGCUACAGCAAUCAUCCUAUGUAUCCAUAGCAAGCAACACCGGCUUCACAGGGACAUCUAGCAUCCAGUCCCAAGCACGACUGCCAUUCAAUGGAAUAAUUCCUUCUGAAUCUGCAAACCGCCCCAGGAAGCCUUGCAAUUGUACUAAGUCUCUGUGUUUGAAAUUGUAUUGUGAUUGCUUUGCAAAUGGUGAAUUCUGCAAUAACUGCAACUGUACGAAUUGUUACAACAACCUGGACCACGAAAAUGAUAGGCAAAAAGCAAUAAAGGCCUGCCUUGACAGAAACCCUGAAGCUUUCAAGCCCAAAAUAGGGAAAGGGAAGGAAGGAGAGUCGGAUCGGAGGCACAGCAAAGGGUGUAACUGCAAACGCUCGGGAUGUCUCAAAAACUACUGCGAAUGUUAUGAGGCAAAAAUCAUGUGUUCUUCCAUAUGCAAAUGCAUUGGCUGUAAAAAUUUCGAAGAAAGCCCAGAGCGAAAGACAUUGAUGCAUUUAGCAGACGCUGCAGAAGUUAGAGUCCAGCAACAAACUGCUGCAAAGACCAAGUUAUCUUCCCAGAUCUCAGAUUUGCUGACCAGGCCAACACCAGCACUCAGCAGUGGUGGUGGGAAGCUGCCCUUUACAUUUGUAACCAAGGAGGUGGCUGAUGCGACCUGCGAGUGCCUCCUGGCACAGGCAGAGCAAGCAGAGAAGAUGGGCAAGUCCAAAGCUGCAGCAGAGCGGAUGAUCCUGGAGGAGUUUGGACGCUGUUUGAUGAGAGUUAUUAGCUCUGCAGGGAAGUCCAAAGGUGACCCUUGUGCCAUGAACUGCUGACUCAUGCACAUGAGCCACGAUGAAGUGGACUGAAGAGAACACUUAAGGCACAGGGACACUUUGGUUUAGCAUCAAGGAUUUAAUAAAAUUUGUUAAUUUGGUGCUUGUUGUAAAUUGACCCGUGUAAGAUUAAAACAAGAAAAUCUUUUAUAACAAGA